AUGGAACGUUCAUCGCCUCUCGCGGCCGUGCAGCCCACAGCCAUACCAUUCUGGGGUUGUCGAGCAGAUGCCCUCCCAUCCUAUGGAGACUUCAAAGGAAACUUCCCUGAGCGAUUCGGCUUUGGACCUUCCAAUUUUAACUUCAAAGAUCUUAGCAUGGAAAGAGCUCCCAUGGAUUAUUUCAACUUCAAGCCUAUUCGCGGCUCGUCGCCGACUGCAAGCCUUGCUGCAGACCUGUCGUCAAAUUUCCAUAUCGACCAAAGUCCUCAAUUGCCUACACCGCGCCGAUCACUAUUCUCCUCUUCAUUAUUCGGCACUUUCAAUGGCCGAGAAGCCGCAAGGACACCGCCAUUACCUUCUUCCUCUCCAGGUCCUGGCCUUGAGUCAAUGGAGAUCUCUCCCCUUCCUCACAAGCAACCCUUUGUGGCGGAGACCCAGAUAGAUACCACUCCCAUGGAGACAUCAAUUGAAGAGGACGAAGAUAUCAUAACGGCCAAUGUUGUGAUGCAAGAUUCCUACACAGGCUCUCCGGGACACGGGGCAAUCCAACCACGCCCACGAGCGUCUCUCUUAAGAUCUUCGUUAUCCCGAACAAAGGGUUUCACCACAUCAGCAGUAUCUCUCAAAUCGGCUAGAGCCGAGCAGCCUCCGUUCAAAUUCGGGAACGGAGUAACCUUGAAGUUUCCACCGGUGAUGACUCCCGAGCAGUGCUUCGCAGCUUCUCCUCAAAGGGAUGGGCGACCGCAGUCUGCCGACUCUCCAUCUUCAAGGCCUAUGGGACCCCCCCCGAAAUUCAGAACCUCCACUUCGAAUUUGCGCGGACCACCACCGCCAGUCUCGGGCCAUGUGCGGAAGCCUUCGAAUCCAAUGCAGCGCCCGCGAAAGCAGUUUCGUCGAUCUCUCUCCAUGUUCGAGCAUCCUGAAGAUGUUAUGAAACAACAAGCAGCUCAUUUUGCCGUACCCAGACUCGACCCCGUUAUGGAUAUUGAUGACCCUCCUAGGCGUCAACUUCCUCAUUUCCUCUUGAACGAUGAAAGCUUACCUCGUAUCACAAGAGAAACUAUGGUCGAUGUACUCGAUGGCAAUUUUAGGCAACAAUAUGACGAGUUCUUAAUUGUUGACUGCCGUUUUGAGUAUGAAUACGAAGGUGGGCACAUUGACGGAGCGAUUAAUUACACCGACAAGGAACAGCUGGCUAGUCGGCUUUUUAAGAACCCGUGCUCAGGCCGCACUUUGAUCGUUUUUCAUUGUGAAUAUUCAGCAUGUCGGGCUCCCCUAAUGGCCAAGCACGUUCGAAGCAGUGACAGAGCCUGCAACGCCCAUAGAUACCCAAAUCUGACAUAUCCUGAGAUGUAUAUUCUCGAUGGGGGAUACAGUCUUUUCUUCGCGAGCCACAAAUUACGAUGCUCUCCACAGGACUAUGUGGAGAUGGGAGACAAGAAGCAUGAAAAUGCAUGCGAGCGUGGUAUGGGCCGCGUCAAGCAACAACGAACCAAACUCAGCAGAGCACAAACCUUUGCGUUCGGCCAGCAUGAGCCACCUACCGAUGAUAGUCCUACAGCCUCAAGCCGACGACAGCGGCCCGUAGCAGGUGACCUUCCUCGUGAAUCCUCUACCGACCUCGUCAUGGAUAUCGAGGACAUCCUUGCCUCGGUUGAUGACCAUGCGCUUCCGACGGAGACUACUGAGGUCCAGCAAUUGGCCCGAUUGUGGGUGGCUGAGCGUAGUGCUCCAGAGAUAUUUCCCUGGCCAGCGGCUUUGAUGGAUCGCAUGUUGGAGAGGAUUAAGCAACAGAUUGAAGUUGUCGAGGAACAGACAGGCAACGCAGACCCCAGGGCCAAUUUCCAUCUGAUCAUCAUUCAAACGGAGCUCGAGCGCUUUAAAUACCUCGUGCGCUCCUUUUUACGUACGAGGAUUGCAAAAAUCGAUGCCCAUCCCUUCUACUACCUACAAACCCCCGCCGCCAAAUCCCUUCUCUCCCCUUCCGAACUCUACUACUUGACCACCCACACCGCCCUCCUACACGACCAUUACCAUAGCUCGUUUCUCAGCCAAUUCCCCCAGACUCUUCAAAAACUUGAUGAUAAGGCCGCAGGAGGGAUCAGUAUGGUAGAAGGGCCAGAUGUAGAUAAGGCGGUAUUCGUGAGAUGUUUGAAGAGUAUGGAGGAAUCUGUGGAGGUGCCAGGGACAGAUAUCAGGUUGGAGAUGGGAAGGGGAGAUGUUGUUGUUACGAGGUGGAGUGUAGUCAGGGAAAUGGUGGGAAAGGGGGAGUGUGAGUUGGUUUGA